UUCCAGGGGCGGCUUGGCCGAGGACCGUUUCUCCUCCCUCCCUGGAACCGGUCCUGCGGCUCGGCCCCGCCGUCGCCCGGGGAGGGACGGAGGAGAAGAGGGGCAGAGCAGCCGCACACUCCCCACACUUAGUUUCCCGGAGAUUCCCAGGGGGAGAUUCCCAGCGGGAGUCUGGGACGGGGGUGCAGGGGUCCAGCCCAAGUCCGGUCCCGGCCCUGCCCGGGCCCUGGAAGCGAGAGGCUCAAUCGGUUGGGGAGGAGGAGCAGAGGAGGGGAGGAGGAGGAGGAGGAGGAGGAGGAAGGACGGAGCCAGUCCUGCCCUGCCCUGCCCUGCCCAGCCCAGCCAGGAGGGCAGAGAGCAAGGGAGCCGGCGAGAGGAUGGAUUUCCAGCAGCUGGCUGACGUUGCGGACAAAUGGUGCUCCAACACCCCCUUCGACCUCAUCGCCACCGAGGACACGGAGAGGAGGAUGGAUUUCUACGCGGACCCCGGCGUCUCCUUCUACGUGCUCUGUCCCGACAACGGCUGCGGGGACAAUUUUCAUGUGUGGAGUGAGAGUGAAGACUGCCUACCUUUCUUGCAACUGGCACAAGAUUACAUCUCCUCCUGCGGCAAGAAGACCCUCCAUGAAGUCUUGGAAAAAGUCUUCAAGUCUUUCAGACCUUUACUGGGGCUUCCAGAUGUAGAUGAUGACGCGUUUGAAGAAUAUAAUGCAGAUGUGGAAGAAGAGGAACCAGAAGCCGACCACCAACAAAUGGGUGUCAGUCAGCAGUAAACUUCUGAGGAGUAAUUACAGAUUAAAGAUGUUAACCCCUUGGGGCCAGGUGGGGUCAUAUGCUCCUGUGUUAUAGCGUUUUGCAUUAGUGCAUCGCAACGGCAAUUCUGACUCCCAGCAUCAGAGUUAAAAUGAAACCCAGUUUUAACAACCACAAAAUAUCUGUGAUGAGCUUUGCUAAGAAGUGGCCUGAAUUUCACUCCUGCUUCAGUGGGGUUUCUCUGGAGGCGUCUCAGCCUUUUGCCAUUUUAAAUUUAGAAUCUGUUUCAGUUGCUGACAUCUUCUCUUUUAGUUUUGUAUUUGAGAAUUAAUUUUCAUUGACGUGAAUGUAGAGUACUCUGAAUGUACUGAGUAUGGAGAUAAAGUGCUCAAGUGACCUGACCGAGGGAAAGCAACACCACUUUACUAUCUAGUGGUUAACUGCAAAAAUGGACAAAAAAAUCCUGGGGAGGGGAAAGGGGAAGCAAUUAUUGGACUGAGUCUUGGGGAAUGGGGAAGUAAAUAUAAAUGUGUGGUAAACUGGGAUUUGUAGCAGCAGGAUCCUUAGUUUAGCAAAAACAUUACACGGUUGCUCUUCCAGGCAAAACUGUUGAUUCCAAAGGCACUUGUUAUUAGUUGGAAAAAUAAAUGGGAAUGGGGAAAUAGCUGAGUGAUAUCAAGUGAAACUUGAUAAAGCUAUCUAGAAUGUCAUCCAAUCUUGCCUUUUCUGUAAUGUUCAUCUUAAACGACCACUUCUUAGAGAUGCUAGAGGCAUCUGAAGUAUAAGUGCCAUUUAACCUCUAAAGCCAUAGCUUAAUUUAAUAGGGAAAUAAAUUGGUAUCAGUCCUUUGAAAACAAUCGUCACUUUUAAGUUCAGUUUUUACCUAUUAACUAUCAGAUAGUAGGAAGUAUUGCCUGAGAAGCAGCAGUUUAGUAUUGAGUGCUUGUUAACUGCCCAAAGUGCAUCUAAAAUCUUGGGGAAAAAAGAUUUCUGUAUUAGAUUGGAUCCUGGGGAAUGGUUGAGAAUAAAAGGAUUCCAUUAUAUAAUUUACUGUUUUAGAUAAUGCUUCUAAAUGCCUCAUUUUAGCCAAUUUUUAACGUUAAAUGAAGUUCACAAGGCCUUUUAAUUCAGGAUCUGAUUUGUUAAGCUGAUCAAUUUCAUUGAACAAAAUAUGCUUAGCUCGCGGGAACAACUGAUAUGUAACAUAUUGAAACCCUGCUGUUAUCAGUAGCUCCCUUCAAAGGUCUUUAAAAAAAGAUUUCAAAAGCUAAUGUGCUGUUAGUGAAGUGUUCAUUUUCUGAGUAGAACCUCCUUGUGAUUUUUGGUUCUAAUUCUUGGGAUGAAGAAUACCUCUUUUUCAACACAAGGUAAAACUUUCAGUAUCUGGGAUGGAAAUAUUUUUGAAUGUGCACAGAAAUGUGACUGCUACAAUGUAAAAGUCUUGAAUUAAAAAAAAUAGAAAAGCUACCAAGCUUAUUGAGAUUUUGUAAUUCUAUUGGCAUGCAGGCUUAACCAUGAUAGUUGUGAUACACUUUUAGGGACUAUUCAUUUGAGAGUUGUGGGUGUGCACCGUUUAACACUGCAGUCUCCUUACUUUCCAAAUUCAGGUGAAAUUCUAGUGGUUUCCAUUCCUGCCUUAUAGUACAUGUUUUUCUGUCCAUUUCAUCAAUCAAUCAAUCAAUCAGUGGUAUUUAUCAAAUGCUUACUGUGUGCAGAGCACUGUACUAAGUUCUUGGGAGAGUACAACAGAGUUAGUAGACACGUUCUCUACCCACUAGGAGUUUGCAGCCUAUAAACUGUCUAGAGUCAUCACGCAAUAUGUUACAUUUUAAUUUCAAACACAACUCCCUUCCCAGCAGGCUGUUUUUAAAACCAUUCAGUGGACUCUGAUGUGGUGUGAAUUUGGCUACUUUUGCUGGCGUUUUGAGGACUCUUUAAAUGAACAAUUAAGUAUUCCUAUGGUGUAAGCCAAUUGAAAGCUGUACAUUAGGUAGAUAUUUCCUGUAUUCAACAACUCUUCAUCUGAUCACCAGAGGCCAGAAGAAUGACUUCUGCAAGUGUGUAAGAAGUGUGUCCAAAAGAUAUAUACACUAAGCUCAUUAAAGUGAACUGGAUUUUAUAUGUAGAUGAUGAAAAUAUAAAUUUACAUAUAUAUUAAAAGCAAAUGGAUAUUAAUAUAGUAUGUAUUUUCUCAAAAAGGAGGGUUGGAUUUGACGAAAUACAUUUCUAUAUUAUCUCAUUAACAUUCUUUAUCUGGGCAGUGAACUGAAACUAAUAAUCUAGUGGACCAACAAGAACUCUAACCUUUGGGUCUCAAGUCAGCAGACUGGGCUAGAACGGUUCUUUAUUUCUCUUUCUCAAAGCAAAGCAGAUUGGGAAAGGCCCAAAAGGCUGUGGUAAAUGCAGACUCUUUCCCUCUAAUCUUUUCUAUGAACAGAGCAUCCACCGAAGCUGAGGGAAUAGGGGAGAGGGGAUUUGAAGAGACAAAGGCUUUUUUGAUCCCCCCAGCUUUCUGCACUCCAUUCCACUGAAUCUGUGGGUAGCCCACCUACUGCCUUGGCAUCAGAAAUGGGGACUUUUGAAGGAAAAAACAUACAUACAUCUCCAAGCAUUUAAUCAUUUAAAAUAGCCUCCUCCUGGGAAUCGUGUACAGGGGAGCAGUGACUGGAAAACCUAGUGGGGAAGGUGGAAAUCUAACUCCUUACCUCUGCCCAGGUGAUGCACUUUGUGCUGUCUCCCUGAGAUGGUGAGAAGUUGGUUGCCCAGAGUGACCAGCAAAGAGGUAAAAAUGAGAAGAGGUCAGAGAUAGGGUAGUGAAGAGAGUUUUUGUGGAAGAGUGGCUUACCCAGAGUUAAUUUUGUAAACUACUGUGUUAUCCUGAUAACAAUGUUCUUGGUGGGGUGUGGCUCCUUGUAUAGGCUUUUGCUCUUCUAAGGGUCUUUCUCCUUCUUGUGGCCAUAAUCACAGCAGCUUUCUUGGUGCUUCUCACCGGGUUGCCCCACUUGCUGUUUUGUGUUGGGAGUUUGUGAGAUGGUAAAUGCACACACCAUAUUACUCCUCAUGGCAGUUACUGUCAUGUUGCCUCAUUAACCUGACAGCCCUUCCCUUCCACCAAGCACCAACUAAAUCUGUCUAUUGUGUGUAUGUUGUCAACCCCUGGGAAAGUGGUCUGGGAAGCUGCUUGUAGAGGCUUAAAGUCACAGGGCUUUGAUGCGAUUCUCCAGAGCACAGCUAGACUGUAAAACACAUGGAGUGAGGAGACAUGAAGGCUGAAAGGGCAGAAAUCUGACCUACACACUGCUGCUUUUGGCAAGGUUGGGCAUCACGGCUGCUGCUGGUGGUUUUUGGGAAGUGGUGGAAAUCAAACGUGAGAUUAAACCUUGGAGAGGGAUCUCCACAACCUUUGGAGGUGACUCUGUUUAUCUUUAACCAUUUUGGCACAGGUGGGGUAAAGGAACCAAAAAGUAGAGCCCCAGCAAACUUUCUAUGUGGGGGAUAAGCUUCCUGAAGAAAGGAAGAGCCAGUCUGGGUUCAUGGUUACUCUUGGCUUUAGGAGACAUCAUCCAUCAUGACAGAGACCCUUGCCAUGACAAAACAAGGAAGGUGCUGUCUCAUUAGGGUUGCCCCAGACAUCAAUACAGUCAGACCCAAACAGAAAUCUAGAUGGUCUCCAAGGAGUACUUGGUGAUUCAGGUAAAAAUUCCAUGGCUCAGUGGAAAGAGCACAGACCCCAGAGUCAGGAAAUAUGGUUCUUAUCCCAGCUCUACCACCUGCAUGCUGUGUGAUGUGCAAGUCAUUUAACUUCUCUGGGCCUCAGUUUCCUCACCUGCCAAAAUGGGGUACGAUACCCCUUCACUAUCCUGCAUAAACUGAGCCCCUUUGUGGAAUACAGCUAGCCAAUAGGCUUAUAUUAUAUCUACUUCAUCACAUAGUACAGUGUUUGGCACUUAGUAAGCAUUUAAACAAUUACCAUCAUUAUUAAUAUUAGAUGGUUUCAGUAUCCGGAGGAGUAUUGUAGUUUGUGGAUGAGCCUGAAUGGGAGCACUCCAGACUUGUUUAUUGGGAAGGGCUUACUGCUAAGGAAUCUAGUUCCUGAGUUAGUUUUGGCAGAGGGGAAUAUCAAAGAUUUCAAAUCACUUGAUACGGGGAGUAAUUUGGUUGGAGAGUAAGCCACCUCAAUGUCAGCCAAAGGGCUGUCAUUAAAGAUAGGAGGUGCCAAGACUAAGGUGAGAAUCAAUGAUUUUUUAGAUUUUUUUUUCUGAAACUUGCCAAAUUGCCUGAUCGGCAGACGUAGAGCAUCUGAGGAAAACAUUUCCUUAAAUGCCAGGCUACGCUGUCUGUGACCAACACAUUGUGACAAUUCGUUAAUUGGAGUAUUGGGCUUGCAGUGUCUUCAUUUUUAUUGUGGUUGCAAAGAGAAAGACGUUGAAAGGUGUUCCUGCUUGAAAUGGUGGCAUUGGCAGACUGAGCUCAGCUGCAACCCAAAAUGUUCCCAGGAAGGGCAUUCAUUUGCUUAGCUGAAGAAUUUGUGACAGUCAGUUGAUCCUAAGAGAAGUCUGACAAAUUAUCCUGGAAAGAAGUGCAUUUUGUUGAACUUGUAAAAAUUUUUUCUGCAAGUACAUUCUGUUGUUUAGGAGGGCAGAGAGCUAGGUGGUAAUAUUCUACAUGGAAGAUACCAGCUUUCCUCUUUGGAGGGGGAAAUAAAUUUUUAGGACUGGAUGAAUUUUAAAAAUCUUUGUUAAGCCUUAAUUUAUGGAUGCAGAGAUUAAUUCAACUAGUCAGAAAUAAAGCAAAAAUAACUGAACUGUUUGCCAGUUAGGAACUUUUCAUUUUGAGUUUUUUUUUUCUCUUGGAAAUUUCUCUUGAAUAUUACAAAACUGUGAAAUGGGUUGCCAAAAAUGUUUGCCUUUGUUAGAAAGUGUGAACUCUGUGUGGAACAUUCUCCAUCAUUGCUUUUCUAUUCCCUCUUAGAAACCUGGACAUUAAAUUCAACGAUGUAGUUGUCCCAUAAACCUGCAUUAAAGAAUUUACCAAACAUU